GGCUUGUUUGGAGUCCCAGAGUUGAGCUCCCCUGCUGGCUUCGAGGUGACCACUAAAAGGGCUCUGAAGGACACGCAGGAGCUGGUGGAUAAAGUCUGCAGCAGCCCUCCUGGAGCUGUUACUGUGGAGACCUUUGACCAACUCUCAGACGGCUUGUGCAAAGUGGCAGACCUGGUAAGAUUAUAUAUAAAUAUAUACAGUACCAGUCAAAUGUUUGGACACACCUACUCAUUCCAGGGUUUUUCUUUAUUUUAACUAUUUUUUACAUUGUAGAAUAAUAGUGAAGACAACAAAAUUAUGAAAUAACACAUAUGGAAUCAUGUAGUAAAAAAAAGUGUUAAACAAAUCAAAGUAUAUUUUAAAUAUGAGAAUCCUGUUGAAAAACAAAUGAUAGUCCCACUAAGCCCAAACCAGAUGGGAUGGCGUAUUGCUGUAGAAUGCUGUGGUAGCCAUGCUGGUCAAGUGUGCCUUGAAUUCUAAAUAAAUCACAGUCAGUGUCACCAGCAAAGCACCCCCACACCAUAACACCUCCUCCACCAUGCUUUACUGUGGGAAAUACACAUGCGGAGAUCAUCCAUUCACCCACACCGCGUCUCACAAAGACACGGCUGUUGGAACCAAAAAUCUCCAAUUUGGACUCCAGGCCAAAGGACACAUUUCCACCGGUCUAAUGUCAAUUGCUUGUAUUUCUUGGCCCAAGCAUGUCUCUUCUUAUUGGUGUCCUUUAGUAAUGGUUUCUUUGCAGAAAUUAGACCCCCCCCCCACACACCUUAUCACAACGCAACUGAUUUGCUCAAACACAUUAAGAAGUAAAGAAAUUCCACAAAUAAACUUUCCAGGUGACUACCUCAUGAAGCUGGUUGAGAGAAUGCCAAGAGUGUACAAAGCUGUCAUCAAGGCAAAGGGUGGCUAUUUGAAGAAUCUCAAAUAUAAAAUAUAUUUUGAUUUGUUUAACACGUUUUUGCUUACUACAUGAUUCCAUAUGUUAUUUAAUAGUUUUGAUGUCUUCACUAUUAUUCUACAAUGUAGAAAAUAGUAAAAAUAAAGAAAAACCCUUGAAUGAGUAGGUGUUCUAAAACUUUUGACCGGUUGUGUGUGUAUGUGUAUAUAUAUUUAUUUAUUAUUAUUAUUAUUGAAAGCACAGGAUAGAGUCAAAAUCAAUAAAUGUAAGUUGACAGGUACACUUAUUUUCUCCCCAAACCAGGCUGACUUUGUGAAAGUGGCACACCCGGACCCGUCUUUCCGUGAGGCAGCAGAGAAGACAUGUAUAGAGAUCGGCACAGUUGUAGAAAAGUAAGGGCCAUUGAACUAGGUCUAGUAGAAUAUAUAUUAUUGUGUGGCAUAUUACAUAAUGAUUCUUCACUGUUUGUUUAUCUCACAGACUCAACACCAAUGUUGACCUUUGUAGAAGUUUAAAGAAUUUGUUGGAUAACAAAGAAGUUUUAGCUCAGUUGGACCCAGAAACAAGGUAUGCUCUCUAACCUAAAUCCUUUUACUGGUAGUUAAUUUAGAGUAGACUUGACAGUUUCAUUCAGAUAAUGUAAAUGUUUCUGUCUACCUAGGAAAGUGGCUGAGCUGUUCAUGUUUGACUUUGCGAUCAGUGGAAUUCAUCUGGAUGAAAAACUGGUAAGGUACCCCUUUUAAUUGGUGUUUAGUUUGCUGAUAGCCACCCCUGUCACGUUUCUUUCAUCUCCUUACUGUCUCUUUUCUGACUUUUACAUUUUGCAGCGAAAAGAGGCUGUCAAGCUUCACGUCAAGCUCUUGGAUCUAAACAAUGAGUUUCUUAUGGGCUCUCACCUCCCAAACAGAAUAGCAAAGUCAGCUAUACCUGAGCACAUUCAUUGCCACUUUGCAACGGAGGGCAGUUUCAUUCAGAUUGGGGGUCUACACGCUGAGUCCUCUAAUGACCUGGUAUGUGUUUUCAUUUGAAAUGUUUCUCUCUUUUACCACCAGGUGGUGCCAAUCUCACAUGAUAUCCAGUUGUGCUGCUAGUGCUGCUAGUGCUGCUAGUACUGCUAGUGCUGCUAGUGCUGCUAGUGCUGCAGUCUGACUAUCUGGAGAAAUGCCCACAUAAUGCUGUGCACACAUUGGAGAGAUUGCACAUGUGAAAUGCUAUUACUGUGUAAUAGUCAGACUCUCUCUGUCCUGCAUUUUCCUGAUUUGUCCUGAUUUUAUUUGAUGCUCCAUGACUGGGAGGGUUGCUCUGUGAUAGGGAUGGAUAUGGAGGGAUAAGGGGUAAAGAACCUGAAACACAUGCUUUGAUGUCAUUCUUUUCAGGUUCGGGAGGUUGCCUAUAGGAUUUUCCUCUACCCAAAUGCAGAUCUGAUGGAGUGUCUGGAAGAGCUGUUGAAAUGCCGGAACAAACUGGCCAAACUGGUGGGCUAUGAGUCUUACGCACACAGAGCUUUACAGGGAACCAUGGCCAAAACCCCAGGUAAUAUGCUUCUGUCCCUGUCCCUGACUCCUGUCUACAACAAUGAAUUUCCCUUCAAUUAGUAAAUCUUUGGCCUUUUUUGGAUUCAUAUGUAGAAGCUCAUUGGUAGUGCUUCAGUGUAUGGUAAGGAGGGAUAUUUAGCAAUGACUACCAUUUCAGCCUAGACCAGAUCAAUGCCAGAUACCGCCAAGUUAGUGAACAUACUUGUUCAACCAAGUUUACCAGCAGGUUAUAUUAAUGAAUGAUUCAACCAAUACCCUCUAAUAAACACGAAUAAAUCACCCAGGCAAAAACUGUCACCCAGUUAAAAUAUUACACUACAGCUGUACUAGACUGUUAAUGUUGGGAAUGAUAAAGCCUUAGUGUGUGACUGCUGUAACAUGCCCCUCCUUUCUUCUGCCCACAGAGACUGUGAUGAACUUCCUCCAGCUACUGACGGACAAACUCUCCGAAAGGUACAGCGCUUAAUACAAGUUUGACAAAAAACAUAGCUGUGCCAAAAUCAACACAAUGUGUGAGGGGAAAAAAGUAUUUGAUCCCCUGCUAAUUUUGUGCGUUUUCCCACUGACAAAGACAUGAUCAGUCUAUAAUUUUAAUGGUAGGUUUAUUUGAACAGUGAGAGACAGAAUAACAACAAAAAAAUCCAGAAAAACGCAUGUCAAAAAUGUUAUAAAUUGAUUUGCAUUUUAAUGAGGGAAAUAGUAUUUGACCCCUCUGCAAAACAUGACUUAGUACUUGGUGGCAAAACCCUUGUUGGCAAUCACAGAGGUCAGACGUUUCUUGUAGUUGGCCACCAGGUUUGCACACAUCUCAGGAGGGAUUUUGUCCCACUCCUCUUUGCAGAUCUUCUCCAAGUCAUUAAGGUUUCGAGCCUGACGUUUGGCAACUCAAACCUUCAGCUCGCUCCACAGAUUUUCUAUGGGAUUAAGGUCUGGAGACUGGCUAGGCCACUCCAGGACCUUAAUGUGCUUCUUCUUGAGCCACUCCUUUGUUGCCUUGGCUAUGUGUUUUGGGUCAUUGUCAUGCUAAAAUACCCAUCCACGACCCAUUUUCAAUGCCCUGGCUGAGGGAAGGAGGUUCUCACCCAAGAUUUGAUGGUACAUGGCCCCGUCCAUCGUCCCUUUGAUGCGGUGAAGUUGUCCUGUCCCCUUAGCAGAAAAACACCCCCAAAGCAAAAUGUUUCCACCUCCAUGUUUGACGGUGGGGAUGGUGUUCUUGGGGUCAUAGGCAGCAUUACUCCUCCUCCAAACACAGCGAGUUGAGUUGAUGCCAAAGAGCUCGAUUUUGGUCUCAUCUGACCACAACACUUUCACCCAGUUCUCCUCUGAAUCAUUCAGAUGUUCAUUGGCAAACAUCAGACGGCCCUGUAUAUGUGCUUUCUUGAGCAGGGGGACCUUGCGGGCGCUGCAGGAUUUCAGUCCUUCACGGCGUAGUGUGUUACCAAUUGUUUUCUUGGUGACUAUGGUCCCAGCUGCCUUGAGAUCAUUGACAAGAUCCUUCCGUGUAGUUCUGGGCUGAUUCCUCACCGUUCUCAUGAUCAUUGCAACUCCACGACGUGAGAUCUUGCAUGGAGCCCCAGGCUGAGGGAAAUUGACAGUUAUUUUGUGUUUCUUCCAUUUGCGAAUAAUCGCACCAACUGUUGUCACCUUCUCACCAAGCUGCUUGGCGAUGGUCUUGUAGCCCAUUCCAGCCUUGUGUAGGUCUACAAUCUUGUCCCUGACAUCCUUGGAGAGCUCUUUGGUCAUGGCCAUGGUGGAGAGUUUGGAAUCUGAUUGAUUGAUUGCUUCUGUGGACAGGUGUCUUUUAUACAGGUAACAAGCUGAGAUUAGGAGCACUCCCUUUAAGAGUGUGCUCGUAAUCUCAGCUCGUUACCUGUAUAAAAGACACCUGGGAGCCAGAAAUCUUUCUGAUUGAGAGGGGGUCAAAUACUUAUUUCCCAUAUUAAAAUGCAAAUCAAUUUAUAACAUUUUUGACAUGCGUUUUUCUGGAUUUUUUUGUUGUUAUUCUGUCUCUCACUGUUCAAAUAAACCUACCAUUAAAAUUAUAGACUGAUCAUUUCUUUGUCAGUGGGCAAACGUACAAAAUCAGCAGGGGAUCAAAUACUUUUUUCCCUCACUGUACAUUAUAUAACUAUAAGGUUAAUUAGGAAAUAUAUUUUCUCCACUUUGUCUUGAAUAGCUGACAUGUAUCCUCUCUACCACAAGGUGACGAUAUAACCUUGAAAGAGUGGAUUGCUCAGAGCUUUAUAAGUUUAGUGAAGUGAAAGGUUUGAAAAUAUAUAUUCGAAGAAUACAAAACUACAAAGGUUUGAAUUCUAAUUUAUAUGCUGGAACUUUCAGAUUUCCAGUUAUUUGGAUACAGAAUUUACUAUAAAGCAGAAAUAAUAGUUUGUUGAAUAGAUUAAUACACCUUUCACAUAUUUAUUUGAAUUUGAAUUAGGCCUGACAGUGAAGUCAGCAAUCACAUCAGCCACUCGUUAUAAAUCUCUUCCCAUACAGAACCGCAAUAGACUUUGAGAUGAUUAAAGACAUGAAGACAAAACUCAACCCCCGUAAUGCGGUAAAUACUGCUUUGUUGUCUUUUAUAAAUAUUUAUAUUCUAGCUGAUGUAGCAAUGUACAUAUAAAGAUAUGAGUCCAUAGUGAGAUGAAAAAAACGUGUGCAAAAAAAUUAGUGAAUACAAAUGGUGGUGGUUUAUUUAUUCUUGUCACAAACUAUUAGUAAUAUAAUGUUUAUCUUCCGUAGGAGCUCAUGCCAUGGGACCCUCCAUACUUCAGUGGUGUGUUGCGUGCUGAAAGGUGAGUAUUACAGUCCUAGAUCUAUUCUUCAAACAAAGCACCUGAUCCAGUUAUUCUCCGCCAACUGUCAAUGAGAUAAAUCUGUUUGAUUUCUAUCUGUCUGUAGUUGGGGUGGGUGGCAACUUCAUAUUUCAGUGCAGCGCAUCAUUUUAUUGUUUACCUGGUCCUCCUCGGGUAUCAAUCGUUAGUGUUAGGAGAGAAGCAUGGGAGCUACGUAAGUCUUCGUUUAUUCUUUUCAAUACAAUCGAGCCGGAACAACUUCCUUUGCUCAGUUGCGCUGUCACCUCAUUUUACCUGAUGAUUUUCCCCUCUGCGUUUAUAUAAUUUAACAAAUUAUCCUUCCGUAAUACAUGUUCCCUGUCAUUUUGACUUAUGUGAUGGAACAUAUCCAAAACAAUGGAUUAGAAUAUGCAACCUGAAUCACUGUUGCCAUGCUACAGUAUAGAAAGACAGAGUUUGAAUGUGUUAGGCAGAUGAGAACCAUCCAGAAUACAGUGAGGACCCAGACCGCAUUCAACUCAACCUAAACCUGAACUCAUUGCAGGAGUAAAUCCCAUUUUAGUCUGUCGGGAAAGGAUUUCUCCAAUAGCAUAUACAAUAUUUUGUAUUAUCUGUUGAGACCCUAUGCAAUUGUUCUAGUAUGCAUAAUAUAUUCUGCAGUUUAAUGCUGAUUUAAUGGGCUUUGGGCGGUUAAGAAAGCGUAUUCUUUGUCAAGGGUAAAUCAUAAAUGUCAUGAUUCACAGAUGGAGAAGUGGAAUGGCCUAAUCUGCUGUGAACAUUUGAGUGAAUGGGAGAUGUAGUUGGUCACAUCUAGCAUCUCCAGUUUUGCGACAGUCUCACGUCGUCUUUUUACGGACAUUAUUAAUGAACUGCUUUUCCACUCAGGCGCUCACCAGAGGCCAAUAAGUCUAACGGUUUAUUAAAGCUUUAUUGCAGACAUUCCAGGUCCUGGGGGAUGGACUCACUGGCUGUUUCCACAAUGGAGUUUGGCACAACCUCUGUCUGAGGAGGGGGAGAGAUGGUGGAGAGUCGUUUUUUUCUCCUUUUAACUGAGGAAAAUCUGUUUCCGACUCACUUUCCCCUCAGCCCUCUCCAUCUCCUUGGUGUUCUAUGCCGUGCUGUGCUGUGUUGGUUGUUAGGAGUUGGGUUUAGAAUGCGGUCGGUUCCCAGGGAUGGCUGGUUGCCCAGAGUUGCCACCACCGCUACAUGGCUCCUGUUGCCCAGACUCUGUCCUCUUCUCCUGGAGUCAGCAGCAUUAGUGGUUUGCAGGUCCUACUGAAGUCAGAGUUGGAGAAUGUUCAUCUUCUACUGAAAUGGGUUUCAGAUGAUGUACGGUAAAUGAAGGCCCAGUAGUACAUCAUGUGCAAGAUAGUAUAAAUGACUCCCUUUAGUAGUCUUUAGGAAAGAUCAAAUGAUUACUGCUAUUAUUCCAUUAGCAGUCGGUGAAAAAGCUUACUGUUGCCACUUGAGUAAAACAUAGUAUACAGUGUUUACUGAGUAUUCUUUUAAUGUGAAACACCACUUAAAUAAUACAGCACAGAAUGUACAGAAACACUUUGUCCCAGAUACAGUGCCUUAGGAAAGUAUUCAGACCCCUUUACUUUUUCCACAUUUUGUUCAAUUACAGCCUUAUUCUAAAAUUGCAAAAUAAAAUGUUUGCCCUCGAUCAAUCUACACACAAUACCCCAUAAUGACAAAGCAAAAACAGGUUUUUAGAAAUGUUUGCAAAUGUAUUAAAAAUAAAAAAUGGAAAUAUGACAUUUACAUAAGUGUUCAGACCCUUUACUCAGUACUUUGUUGAAGCACCUUUGGCAGCGAUUACAGCCUCGAGUCUUCUUGGGUAUGACGCUACAAGCUUGGCACACCUGUAUUUGAGGAGUUUCUCCCAUUCUUCUCUGCAGAUCCUCUCAAGCUCUGUCAGGUUGGAUGGGGAGCGUCGCUGCACAGCUAUUUUCAGGUAUCUCCAGAGAUGUUAGAUCGUGUUCAAGUCCAGGCUCUGACUGGGCCACUCAACGACAUUCAGAGACUUGUCCCGAAGCCACUCCUGCAUUGUCUUGGCUGUGUGCUUAGGGUCGUUGUCCUGUUGGAAGAUGGACAUUUGCCCCAGUUUGAGGUCCUGAGCGCUCUGGAGCAGGUUUCAUCAAGGAUCUCUCUGUACUUUUCUCUGUUCAUCUUUCCCUCGAUCCUGACUAGUCUCCCUGACCAAGGCCCUUCUCCCUCGAUUGCUCAGUUUGGCCGGACGGCCAGCUCUAGGAAGAGUCUUGGUGGUUCCAAACUUCUUCCAUUUAAGAAUGAUGGAGGACACUGUGUUCUUGGGGACCUUCAAUGCUGCAGAAAUGUUUUGGUACCCUUCCCCAGAUCUGUGCCUCGACACAAUCUUGUCUCUGAGCUCUACGGACAAUUCCUUCGACCUCAUGGCUUGGUUUUUGCUCUGACAUGUACUGUCAACUGUGGGAACUUAUAUAGACAGGUGUGUGCCUUUCCAAAUCAUGUCCAAUCAAUUGAAUUUACCACAGGUGGACUCCAAUCAAGUUGUAGAAACAUCUCAAGGAUGAUUAAUGGAAACAGGAUGCACCUGAGCUCAAUUUCGAGUCCGAAUGUGUCUGAAUCCUUUUUUCUUUUUAAUACAUUUGCACAGAAAAAUUUCACCUGUUUUCACUUUGUCAUUAUGGGGUAUUGUGUGUAGAUUGAGGAUUUUUAUUUUAUUUAAUCCAUUUUAGAAUAAGGCUGUAACGUAACAAAAUGUGGAAAAAGUCAAGGGAUCUGAAUACUUUCCGAAUGCACUGUACAACAAGCAAGGAGGCCACAUCAUGUGAAGCUGUGCGCCUCAUCAUGGUAAUCAUGUCUGUAAAGCUGGGCGUAGGAAAAGGGCUUCUCACUGGUUUUAAUUCAAUUCAAGUGACAUUUGGAUGUGCCUCCAGUGCAGGCAUUGCUUCCUUCAAAUGAUUUGCUUUGUCCACACCAGAAGUGAAUAAAUGUGCAUGCUCCCCAAGAUUGACAGGAGCCUUGCAGAUCAACUGAUAGGGCUUCCCCUUUUAUAUCUCCUAGUCUGAGAGUGUUAGUCCGACGAGUCAGCAUGACAAGUGUUAAUCAGAGCAUCAGGUGGCUUUAGGGGGAAAAUAAGAGGAAUCUGUAAAGCACCAGAAUUAACUACAGAACCUUGCUAAUAGAUGCCCAUUUGGUUUUAGCAUGAGAUUCCUGCAAUCGUCUACAGUAGCUUGUCACUGCCACACAAUUGGGAUUGGGCUGAAGUGUUUUCAUGUCAUUUUGUGGUUGUGUUUUGGUUGCAGGUUCAACAUUGAGCCCAGCCUCUACAGCCCCUACUUCUCCCUGGGGUCUUGUAUGGAGGGCCUGAACAGCCUCUUCACCCAGCUCUAUGGAGUCUCUCUCAUGUCCGAACAUCCAAGUGCAGGAGAGGUGUGGAAUGAUGAUGUCCGCAAACUGGUAAAAAACCCUCGUAUAACUAUUCAAAUGUUCCUAGUGUUGAAGCUUUAAUUUGUUUGCUGUGGUUAUAUUCUGUCUAAAUUGUAUUUCUAUGGUGUGAUCUCCUAAGUUUACUUGUUUGUGUCACUUCCUGUCCAGGCUGUAGUUCAUGAGACAGAGGGGUUGCUGGGAUACAUCUACUGUGACUUCUUCCACAGAGCAAAUAAACCCCACCAGGUAGACAGAGCCUCACAUGCCACGCCCGCAGCACAACUGCCUUUCUUUAAAGAUGACAUGAGUUUCAGUAGAUCAAAAACACUUUCAGUAGUUCAAAAUUCCGUCAUGCCUGCUGUUUCUAGCAUGUUCAAAAUAAAAAAGUAUCUAUGGCCCUGUGGCACUGAUCUUGAAACCAGCAGUAUAUAGAGUGUAUUUCAAGACAGGGCCUCAAUGAUCUGUCUCUCCCUUCCUCAGGACUGCCACUUCACUAUCCGCGGUGGGCGGCAGUGCCAGGAGAGCGGACAGUACCAGCUGCCUGUAGUGGAGCUGAUGCUGAGCCUGCCCCACCCUACCAAGAGCGCCCCCACCCUGCUCACACCGAGCAUGAUGGAGAACCUAUUCCAUGAGAUGGGCCAUGCCAUGCACUCCAUGUUAGGGCGCACGCGCUACCAACACAUCACAGGUCAACCAUGCACAUCUGACGUUCUCAGAGAUGAACAGUUAACUUUAGCAGCUUUAGCCUGGCAUCGUGCUUAUGGGCAAUUCCACGGUAACAGAGUGAUGCUGAAACGUCCAAAUCGUCCUUGUGCAUAGAGUUGUAUGGUUUGUUUAACUUUGCAAUCAUUGGUUUUUGUUUGACAUACAUUUUGAAAAAUGUGAGUCUCAGCAUCACUCUGUUACCGUGGUAUUGCCCCUAUGUAUUUGUACUGUUAAUGUGAAUAAUAAUAUGGGAAUGACUGUAUGUAAAGCUCUCUCAAAUCGAUAGGCCUAAUAGUGAGGAGGAUUGAUUUCAGUGUUAAUGGUUUCAUCCUCUCCUAGUGUAGUGGGUGGUGUUGUGUAUGACAUUUUACGCACACUGCAUCUUAUAAUGAUGGUCACAGGUUAGAAUGGCAUGCGUAGAUGCUGUGUCCAGUCAUGGUGUGGAGACUUGAAAUGGCCUGUUAAAUCCAAUUGAGAAUGCUACGGCUUGGUGAGGAAAUCCACACAGGUUAUCAUUGGAUUGAUUGCAUGCUCCUUUACUUGUUAGAUACAGACUAGGGAUACGCCUUAGCAAGUAACUCAAGAUGCUUCAAUAUGUCCAUUUCAUGGAGAGAGAUAUCCACUUACAUAAAAUAGAUAAAUAAAGUAGCAACUUGAGACUGUGCUUUUGUCUUCUCAGGAACCAGAUGUGCCACUGACUUUGCGGAGGUCCCCUCUAUUCUCAUGGAGUACUUUGCCACUGAUUAUCGUGUAGUGAACCAAUUUGCCCGCCAUUAUCAAACAGGACAGGUACACAAACUCACCAUUUUGCUAUGGCAACAUGUUGAUGACUGAAAAUUGAUUACAAGGCCAUUUAAAAAAUAAAUAAAUAAAGUGUUCCUAGAUGGGUUACUGUAAAGAUAUGGUGCUAUAGUUCUGCUGAGAAAUGAAUGUCUUUGUGUUUUGCAGCCUCUGCCUCAGAGCAUGGUUGCUCGUCUGUGUGAGUCCAAAAAGGUGUGUGGUGCGGCAGACACUCAACUACAGGUAAAUCCCCCUGACAUACAAAAAAUAUUGACACUCAUUGGUCACGUUGACACUGAACUCUCAUGUAAAUGCACAAUACAAGGACAAAACAUUUUGCUAGUUUAAAAUGUUCUGGCACGGCAGCAAACACUGUUAACUGUUAUCUGCUAAUCUUUAUAGUAGUUCUUUAACAAGGUAUCCUAUAUUGUUACCGUUGCUUUAAAAACUCACUUAAACACAAUGGACAUAAGGGUCCUGUAAGUGCUUUGAGUGAGUGAUUUGAUGAUAGAUAAGUGUAGAGAUAUCAGCCUUUUUCAGGCAACAGAAAAUGCCUUAACUCAAGUGGGAUAUUUGGGAACAUUUUGAAGGUUUAACAUGUAACUACAUGAAUGAUUCAGCAUGUUUAUUUUUUCUGUGGACAGAUCUUCUACUCUGCUCUGGAUCAAAUUUAUCAUGGAAAACCCCAAAACCGAUCAACGACUGAUAUCUUAAAGGACAUGCAGCAAAAAUUCUACGGCCUACCGUACACGCCAAACACGGUGGGUACCUCGGUGUCAAAAUGCUCUUUGCCUUCACUGAGUUGGUGGUCUAUAGAACUUUGAUUAUGAGCUCAAUUACAGCCUUUACAGUUAAUUAAUGUUUGGGGGGACGUUCUUUGCCUAAUCCCCAAAACGUUACCACAGUGUCUGCCUUCUCCCGUGCAACAGAGGGACAAAAACAGCUCAGAGCGAAAGAGAGGGAGUUAUUUUUUUGGAUAUUCUUCUCUGGCUCUGUGUUUUUAUAUCUCUUACCCAGGCGCAGCACCGUUUAAGGGAUUAAAGCUUUUUUGGAGGCCCUGCUCAAAUAACAAAGCAGAGGUAUACUUUGAAUGAGCACUCCCUGGGGGAAAUAUUUGAAACUCUUCUUUCUGUGGUCCUUUUUAAUGGGGGAAAAAAAGGGGGGUGGGGAAAGCCAGGAGUGAAUAGAGAAUGUAAAACACAGCCAUCAUUUAACAGGAAUGGUCAUCAUAAGGCAUUUAUCCUCAUCUAUAAUGAUGUGGGCCAUCGGGAAUAGAGAGCACUCAGUCAGAACUAUAUUCCACCGUCUUUAAUUGAGCUUACCAGCCACAGUUGCUUUACCCUCGCUAAAAGUCAUACUUCCACUUUUAUCCAUGCAGCAACCAACCUCUCAAGGGAGUGUGGUUAAUGUUAUAUACUUUCCUUCCUGUCUGGGUAAUUUUUCUUUAAUGUAAUAUGUUAUUAUGGAAGAGUAGUUUCCCUCCUUUUAGCCCCACUUACAAAAAUCUUUAUUGUAUUGUUAAAGGAUCAGUCAGGGGAUUGGAGCAAGUGAAAACAGAUUUGUUUAUAUUUUCCUAAAAGGGCCAUAUUUCAGUUUUUUUGUUCUCUUCUCUCCCUGCCCUCGCAAAAAAUCAGUGAAGCAAAACGUUCUACACUAAACUGAACAUUUGAAUGGCUAAUAGGUUACAGAGAGACCCAAAUGAUAAACACUGGGGUGAUUGUGACAUGUGUAUGGUUUAUAGACCAAGGGUAUCACUUCUGACUGGAGAGAAAGACUAUCAGCUGUUGUUGAGUACAUGGACCAAAUGGAAAGCCCUGGGCCUGCGAUAAUAAUAUUUGGAAAAUGGCAGUAAGCAUGACAUUCAAUCUGACGUGUUGAUGAUUCUUUGCCUUUAUCUGUUCUCUCUGAGCCCUAGAGAGUCGAGACAUGUUAUUUUCUUAUGAGUAGUGCUGUGUGGAUGAUGCAUAGGCCUACCCCUGCACAUAAAUACUCGACCCAGAACGUAGUGUUGAUCCCUAGCACCCAGAACAAAGGCCUAGCAGCCUGGUCUACAAGCGUGCCUUUUGUCUAAUACUCAGGAGAACAGAGUGAAGUGCUGCACUGACUUUCCGUGUGUUUGUCUGUGUGGAUCAAAAGGGAUCUUUCGCUGAGAUGUUAACUUGACUGGGCUAUGACCUUCUCAAAAGUUGACUUCUAACAUUUGAGGCAGGCAGAGGGAUCAAAAAUAAAGCAGAGCGCUGGUGUCUGAAGUGAUUUGUUUGAGUGUUCACUGUCCAUCUCAAAGUUUCAGCCAUUCUUUCAGUCAUACCUGUAGUUAUGAGACAAGAAAAGGGGGGUAAAAUAAAAAAUACUAACAUUUUAUACAGUUGGAGAUGUCUUGCCACAGCAAGAUGAGGUGAAUUCAAACCGGGUGACCCCAUAUCUACUAUAGGCCUCUGGUACUGCUAUAGGCCUCUGGUACUGCCAUCCGGGCGGCUGUUGAACUCUCUCCUCAUGAUUUGUGCUCAGUUUCCCAAUGUUUUGGUUUCCCCAUUGUACUGCCUCUGUCAGGAGUACUGUUUAGCCUUAUUAAAGUCAUUAGGACCCAGAUGAGACCCGUCAUGCAGACACUUUGCGGCUUACGCCUGUUUCACGCUAGAGGAUCAUCCGCCCAGCCUGGAUAACUUUUUCACACUGCCCGCUGUUUAAAUAAGCAGCACCUCUCUCAAAGGCAGAGUACAGGGUGCUUUAUACUAGCCCCUUUCAACUUAUCUCUCUCACCUCUUCAAGACGGUACGGUAAAGAGCACAGUCAGGGAUGAAAUAGCAAGAUAAAGUCACUCAUUAAUUUAUAAAGAUCUGGGCCCACAUUUGGAUGUUACAGUGGCUUGCGAAACUAUUCACCCCGCGUGGCAUUUUUCCUAUUUUGUUGCCUUACAACCUGGAAUUAAAAUGGAUUUUGGGGGGGGUUGUAUCAUUUGAUUUACACAACAUGCCUACCACUUUGAAGUUGCAAAGGAUUUUUUUGUGUGAAACGAACAAGAAAUAAGCACAAAAAAAACAGAGAACUUGAGCAUGCAUAACUAUUCACCCCCCCCAAAGUCAAUACUUUGUAGAGCCACCUUUUGCAGCAAUUACAGCUGCAAGUCUCUUGGGAUAUGUCUCUAUAAGCUUGGCACAUCUAGCCACUGGGAUUUUUGCCCAUUCUUCAAGGCAAAACUGCUGCAGCUCCUUCAAGUUGGAUGGGUUCUGCUGGUGUACAGCAAUCUUUAAGUCAUACCACAGAUUCUCAAUUGGAUUGAGGUCUGGGCUUUGACUAGGCCAUUCCAAGACAUUUAAAUGUUUCCCCUUAAACCACUCGAGUGUUGCUUUAGCAGUAUGCUUAGGGUCAUUGUCCUGCUGGAAGGUGAACCUCUGUCCCAGUCUCAAAUCUCUGGAAGACUGAAACAGGUUUCCCUCAAGAAUUUUCCUGUAUUUAGUACCAUCCAUCAUUCCUUCAAUUCUGACCAGUUUCUCAGACCCUGCCGAUGGAAAAACAUCCCCACAGCAUGAUGCUGCCACCACCAUGCUUCACUGUGGGGAUGGUGUUCUCGGGGUGAUGAGAGGUGUUGGGUUUACGCCAGACAUAGCGUUUUCCUUGAUGGCCAAAAAGUUCAAUUUUAGUCUCAUCUGACAAGAGUACCUUCUUCCAUAUGUUUGGGGAGUCUCCCACAUGCCUUUUGGUAAACACCAAACGUGUUUGCUUAUUUUUGUUUCUUUAAGCAAUGGCUUUUUUCUAACCACUCUUCCGUAAAGCCCAGCUCUGUGGAGUGUACGGCUUAAAGUGGUCCUAUGGACAGAUACUCCAACCUCCACUGUGGAGCUUUGCAGCUCCUUCAGGGUUAUCUUUGGUCUAUUUAUUGCCUCUGAUUAAUGCCCUUCUUGCCUGGGCCGUGAGUUUUGGUGGGCGGCCCUCUCUUGGCAGGUUUGUUGUGGUGCCAUAUUCUUUCCAUUUUUUAAUAAUGGAUUUAAUGGUACUCCAUGGGAUGUUCAAAGUUUCGGAUACUUUUUUAAUAACCCAAUCCUGAUCUGUACUUCUCCACAACUUUGUCCCUGACCUGUUUGGAGAGCUUCUUGGUCUUCAUGGUGCUGCUUGCUUGGUGGUGCCCCUUGCUUUGCGUUGCAAACGCCAUGCUCUACCAACUGAGCUACACGGGGCAAUAAAACCUUGCCUGGAAAUGCAAGACACAGAUGACUAUAAGCACGAUUAGCAGUCAUACAUUCUGUAGCACUCGAUUUCUCCACAUUGAACGGCCCACUUCUUUCAGACAAAUUAUGCAGUAGUGCUGCUGUAGUAAUAACAAAAUAAUACAAAAAUAACAGCAAAUAUGAUCACAAGAGGGGAAAAAACUAACACGCUUCACUUCAGAGUUCUGGUGCUGAUAGGAACAUGUUCUUUCCAAACUCUAAAAGCUAGGACUACGAAUACUACAUUUAUCAAAUACUCUAAGUGCAAGAUAUGUCCACACUCCACUAUCUUACCUAGAUAGAAACAACUAUGUUCUCAGAAAUAAAAACUACUUCAGGCCAAACUGAGCUGCUUUGAACUUGUGGUCAAGUUCCUGGAGAAUGUCAAGUUCGUGGCAGGGGAGUACUUCAAGUGUUUAAGUAACUAUUGUUCACACUCAACCCAAUCACUCUCUCACACACACACACACACACACAUAGACACAAAAAAAUACAAUAUAUUCGCAUAGUGGUCCAUAGUGGUCCUAAGGUCCUUAGUAUAGCCUGUACGACAUACAAGGACCAGCCUAGAAACACAUUUGGGCCAUGGCUGCCCUAAAGACACAGGUAGUAACAUCUGGACCAGGGAUAAAGCACACCAACCACUGGUCCACCAGAAAAAUAAGAGCCAAGCUAUCAAUAGGAAAAUAAAAGGAAACCAAAAAGGAAACCGGAGGCAUCAACUUUCACUGCAUGACAAGCAGAAACAUAUUAAGCUUAAGGAGUCACUAGACUUUUAAAAACACAGUUCAUAGAUUUAGUACAAAGGUACUAAAAUGUAUUGUAAGUUUAACAUCUGAGUAAUGCAUGACUUAAAAGUCACCCCUUCAAAAUAAAAGCUUGUCUAAGAUUACCCCAAAAUAUUCAGGUAAAGUCAUGAGGAAAGCCAGCCAAAGCCUUGCGGGGGAAAUAGACACACAUGCACACACUCUUCAACCUCUAUCUUGGAAAUGCAUAUAGUCAAGCAGCAAUACAAAAAAAUAUCCAUGAAGUAUAUAUGCAUAUUCUCUGAAAAAAACAAAUAAUGUAUGAAAACAUCCCUGCUAUCAUGUCUCUAAAUACAAAACUUCUACCAAUAACUUGCUUCAGUGUAACAAGAGAAGUCAUUUUUCCUCUUUUUUGGGGGUCUUUUUAUCAAUCCUUUCAAAACAGGUUAAAAUUUCAGUCCUCAGGUAGGAAUGGUAUGGAUGACUGUCUUCUUUUCGUCGUUAAAAUCGUUUUCUUUUUUUUUCUCUCAUAUUCUUGAAGAAGUUGUACGCAUGCAAUCCUCAUAGAGUGGGCAGAGGCGCUGACGGGGCGGGCUACUGGCGGUGCUGAAGUCUUAGGCCAAAUACAUAUGCACGCACCACUUUUCCGUUAUUAAUUUUUUUGAAUUUUUUUUUACAAGUUUUUUUUUUUCAUUUCACUUCACCAAUUUUGACUAUUGUUGUAUGUCCAUUACAUGAAAUUCAAAUAAAAAUCUAUUUAAAUUACAGGUUGUAAUGCAACAAAAUAGGAAAAAUGCCAAGGGGGAUGAAUACUUUUGCAAGGCACUGUACUUAGGGCAACUUAAUUUGGUGAUAUCUAUGUGAAUCUAGCAAGGUUCUUAAGGUUCCUUAUGCAUUACAGGCUCAAUGCUCUGAUACAAUACUUACAGGACUUAGCUUUGCAUUUGUGUUUUACAACUACCGUGGAGACUAGGGUAUAAUUUAGUUUUGUUCCACUGCUGCUUUCUGACUGACUGACUGAUGGUUUGAAUGUUUGCCAGGUGAAUUUCCCCAGAGUCCCAAAUCAGGCCUGCUCAUAGAGCACGUUGUCUUUAUAGAUAGGAAGUUGGACCCUCUAGGCAACAAGGGGAAAAGGAAAAGUAUGCACUCUGCCAUUUAGGAAUUUCCAUGUUUUGUUCCUUUAAAAGCAAAGUAAAAGAUUUGAAGUAAAAUGUAUACAGUUCAAUCAAAGUUUGUAUUAGACUUAAUCAUGGGCCAAUUGAACGGUAGCAUACAUUUUGAAGCAGACAAAACAGUGACCAGACAGUAACUAGAACAAACUUCAAUAGACUUUCUUUAAUGGCCCAAAAUAAUAUUAGGUAUUUUCCUGAGGGGGAAGUAGAUGAUGACAGAAGAAUGUCUCUGCUUGUCUUUUCCUUCAGCAACCUUUAUGAGUGGGAACAGUUAAGCCUUCAAAGCUGAAUUGGCUUUGCUCUCCAAAAUUCACUUUCACCAUGCAUAGUAGAAACAAACUCAUUUAAUGUUUCAUUUUGUCAUGAAUUAAGCAAUAAAAAAAAAAAGGAAAGAUAAUUGCAUUCAAAUGUUUGUUUGUCAGUAUACCUACAGUGGUGGUCUUUAUGAAAUCGUGGUAUAAACAGUGGAACCUGUUGAAAGCCAGUUUAAUUUGGGUUAUUUAUUGGGUAUUUAUUAAUUCUUGUGAAAUGGUUUGUUUUCCUUUGCAGGCAUGGCAGCUGAGAUUCAGCCACCUCAUUGGCUACGGGGCCAAGUACUACUCCUAUCUCAUGUCCCGCGCUGUGGCCUCCAUGGUGUGGAAACAGUGCUUUGUUCAGGAUCCUUUAAACAGGUGA